AUGCUGCUCCGUCGCGUCGUGACACGCACAGCGUCGCAUCGAUCACUCGCAACUUUGGACGCGGUGCACAACGUCGACGACUUCCAGCGGCUAGCGAAAGAUGUGCUCGAGCGGCCGCUCUACGAGUACCUCGCGUCCGGCUCCGGCGACGAGGUCACGCUGCGGGAGAACCGCGCGGCCUUUGGCCGUUACGCGCUGCGGCCGCGCGCGCUGCGGCCGGUCGACGCGCUCUCGACGACCUGCGAGCUCUUCGGCAACGAGCUCGCGCUGCCCGUCUUCGCAUCGCCCGCGGGCGUGCAUUCGCUCGUCGACGACGAGGGUGAGUGCGCCACCGCGCGCGCGUGCGGCCGCGCCGGCGUGCUCUUUGGACUCAGCCAGCACGCGACUGUCUGCAUCGAGGACGUCGCGGCAGCGGCGCCGGGCGCGCAUCGCUGGUUCCAGAGCUAUUUGUUGAAGGACCGCGCCGCGACGUUGGAUUUGGUGCGGCGCGCCGUCGCCGCGGGGUAUCGCGGGGUCUUCCUCACCGUCGACUCCGUGCGCUUCGGCUUCCGCGAGGUGGACGCGAGGAAUAACUUCUGCGCGUUGCCGCCGCCGCUGACGCUCGCGAACUACGUCGCGACGCCGCCAGGGAUUGGCGCGGCGGCCUGGGAGGCGCGCGAGCAUCGCGCGUGGGACCAGAACUCCGAGGCGCUGUUCGACACCGCGGCCUCCUGGGACGCAGUUUCUUGGCUCCGCGAGGAGCUCGACCCGUCGAUACCCUUAGUUGUCAAGGGCGUCAUGACUGGCGAGGACGCCGCGCUCGCCGUGGCCCACGGCGCCGACGGCGUCUACGUGAGCACGCAUGGCGGCCGCCAGCUCGACGAGACGCUCGGCGCGCUGGACGCGCUCCCGGAGGUCGCCGCGGCCGUACCGCCCGGCACGCCUGUGCUUCUGGACUCGGGCGUGCGCCGCGGCACGGACGUCGUGAAGGCCCUCGCUCUGGGCGCGACGGCGGUCGGCGUCGGCAAACCGCUCUUCUUUUCGCUCGCCGUCGGCGGCGAGCGAGGCGUCGACAAGUUGUUCGAGAUCCUCGCGGAGGAAACACGCGUCGCGAUGGCCUUGACGGGCUGCGCGUCGCUCGCCGACAUAUCGGCCGAUGUUGUUUGUGCGAGAUAA